GUAGAGUUGGACCCCACUGCCGCAGGUUGAGAGGACCCCCGAGGGACCCCCGAGGGACCCCAGGGUGAGGCAGUGUUGUGAGGAAAGGCGACGAGGACAUAGUGUUGUUGAGUCACUAGACUAGAGGCACUGACGUCACCGUGGAGGCAACAUGUCCUGGUUUGGUGGCAGUUCGGACAAGAAAAUGCAGGACUGUAUGUUCCAGCUGAAGUUCUGUGGUAAACAGAUGGAGAGACUCUCCAAAAAGGCAGAGAAGGACCAAAAGCUUCAAGAAGGAAAGAUUAAAAAAGCCCUUCAACAAGGUAAUGUUGAAGGUGCCAAAAUUUAUGCAGAAAAUGCGAUACGAAAAAAGAACGAGUCCCUCUCGUACUUGCGAAUGGCCUCCAAGAUUGAUGCUGUAGAGUCCAGGAUCCAGUCAGCAAUGGCUAUGAAGGGGGUUACAAAGAACAUGGGCUCAGUGGUGAAGGCUUUGGACCAAGCCCUUAAUGCAAUGGACUUGCAGAAAGUCUCUUCCAUAAUGGAUAAGUUUGAAUCACAGUUUGAGGACUUGGAUGUGAGAACAUCGGUACUGGAAGAUAGCAUGGGUGCUGCCACAACUUUAAGCACUCCAAAAGAGGCGGUGGAUGCCCUUAUCCAGCAGGUGGCAGAUGAGGCAGGUCUUGAGGUGAUGGAUCAGCUGAAUGCCCAGGCUGUGCCAACAGGAACCAUCACUACUGGUGACCGCACCGCUGACCAUGAAGACCAACUCACCAGACGGCUUGCUGCUCUUAGAAACUAGUAUUGGAGUGUGGUGCAGGGUCUAGGAUUCUGUAUGUAUACAAAAUAUAGUCUGUAUAAUGUUUAUACACUUUGGAUUCUGUCGCGUAUGAAUUAUAAUAUUUUAUGUGGCUGACAGGUUAUAAAAUAUUAUUGUUGAAGAGUAUCUAGGUUUUUAAAUUUAAUUGAAACCUCAUUACAAUAUAAUUAUACCCUGUGUAGAUUCAACUUGCAAAUGAUUACGUUUUAACGAUACAACUUGAAUAUAUUUGCACAAGCUGUUUUUACUUAUUGCAGUACUUCGUUAUAUAUCAUGCUUUGUAUCGUAAUUUUGCUAUACAGUACUUUAAAUUUAUGAUCUCGUGAGGAAAUUUGAUCUUUAGAAACAUUUCUUCUUAACAUUUUAAGUUGUUAGGCAGUCGAGUUAGUACUUGAUCUCGAUAGUCUUUUAAAGGUGGACAGUGUCACUAGGAUAAAUCUUGAAUAUAGUAGAUAUCUUUUAAAGCCACACACUGCUUGGUCAGUGGUACAGAUCAGCAGUCAUGCUAGCAACUUUGUUAUUUUGAUGCAUAAUAUUGGCAAUCAUAGGAUGUGACAACCCCACUACCCAGCACUCCAACAUAAAAAUGUAAUGGUACAGGAAUUUGGUGCACCCAUCAUCUGCCAUUGUUGUGGAAUAUUAAUAUAUUAAGACUCCACUGCUAUCUGUAAGUGGCAGCCUCAUUGCCUGCUUUUGCGAGAAGGUAUGUGGCAGGCCUGCAUUCCCUGUGAUAAUGAGGAAGGAGAUUGGGCUGAGAACCCAUCUUCUCUGGUCUCAUGAGACCAAGAGCCUUCCUGCCCUAUGAAUGUGGGAAAUGAGGUAAAGGAUGAUUGGUGAUGAAAGUAUAGGAGAUUGUGGAUUUGGGGAGAAUUUUAUGAUUGUUAGAUGAUUUUUAUACAUUUUCAGAGCAAGUCUUUUUGAGAAAAGGACAGCCUUCAGUAAGCACAUAAGUGAGAGUAGAAUAGUAAACACGAAAAGAUAGGUAUAAAUGAAAACAAAAAACUAUUGAAAUUACAAUGAAGGUGAAGCUGGAGUAUGAGAACAACCCCAAAAAAAGAACCAUCAGUGUGGGAAGGGGUAGGCACACACAUUUUGCCCAGGGUAGUGCUUCCAAGUGCGAUGAGAACAGCCAGUCUAAAUGCAAUAUUUAGUAAAGUUGGGCAUUUUUUUAUUAUGACUAAGAACUACUGUAAUGUCAAAAAGCAUUGUUAUCUAAGUAAACUUACAAAUAUUAGAGGUGAUUUGGUGUAUUAUGGAUAAAUUAUGCAUAAUAAAGUUUUACACUUGGAAGCAAGUUUACUAUUUUUCUCUAACUUCAUAAGUUAUCAAAUUAGUUUUAAUGGCAAAUCUAUACAGUAUAUGUUGGUGCAGAUUUUUGUAAUUGAGAGAGUCUUCGUAUGAGCUUGUUGACGGGGUAAAUUUAUGCUAGUCCAAAUUUACUGACGUGACCAAAUGUUCCAUCAGUACAUCAGUGCACAGGAUAUUGAUAUGAGAAAGCUUGCAGUGUUGUGAACAUUUUAUGAUGCGGAAUCAUGGUUGUGAAAUUUCUCUUGUGGUUUCUAAUUAAGAUAGGUAUUGUACACAAAAGGCAGCUCUGGUAACAAUAAUAAUUUGAUUGGUGUGAAUUUUAUAUUUUAUUUCAAAGAAAUUCAAUUUGUGGUUUAAAAAUGGAAUAAUGUGAUCAACCUGAAGCUCAACAUGUGCACUCUAAUAUUAUUCAAUGAGAUAUUCUUAGCUUUAUUUGACUUGUAAAAAAAAAAAAGUGUGAAAUGGGUGUAGUUGGGAGUAAUAACUGGUGGGUAAUAAUGCAUGAAAGUAGGACAAAUGGCUCGUCAGUCCCCCCCACCCCCACCCCCCUGGUUGGCCAGUGUGUAUGAACUCUUUACUCAUAAUUUUUGGUGAAUACAUUACAUCAGAAAUGGUGGCAUAAUUAUGACCAGAUUCUUAAAGGUACAGGUAUUUAAUACAAUUUUUGACUAGCUCCUCAUUUCAAUAUAUUUUUUACUUUUAUUUUCAGAAAAGUUUGCAUUAAUUUUUUCAGUAACUAGUGUAAGGUAUAUGGUUUUCUCUCUCUCUCUCUCUCCAACUCGCCCCAAAAUGUUAAAGGUUAUCUUUUAUCCCCUGGACAUACUGUACUGUACCUCUGAACGUAACGAUGUGGUUCCUUCUUAAUCCCAGAGAGUCCUCACCUCACAUUAAUGAAAAAGAAAAAAAAAUCAAAUUCCUGUGGGAGAUAGCUAUCUUUUCUCCUGUAAAUUACUUCCAGGGGAAAAUGCCAAUAAUCAGGGUGUGGGAGUUCUCUGGCAACAGCCUGCGUCAGGUACACAAUUUGUCAGUUUUGCCCUGUUGCUUUUUUUUUUGUUCCCUGUAGUCGGUCAGUGCCUCCACUCUCAAGUACCUUUCACUCUUCCACGAUUAUCUGUCACACCAAUCUGGAAUCUUGUACUGUCAGAGUAUACAGACUCAAUCUGUCGGGCCAUUCUACACCCAAGUCGUCAAGGCAGGGAGCAAUAAUACUUUAAUCUGGUUUUGUACAAUUUACUGAAAGAUUUCUUAAACAACUAUUCUCUAGUCAUAAAAUUAAACAUUAUAUGCAUGUAUAUCAGCACUGGAAGAUCAACCUCACUAUGACUUGUGUCUUCAAACAGUUGAUCUUCUGAUUGCCUAGCCUGCUAGGAUUAUUCACAAUUUCUUCGACUCAAUAAAUUAUCCGUAAAGCCUCUGCUCGGUCAAUAAAUAUAUCGUUUCAUUAUAAUCAGAGAUAUACACACUAAUAACACUCAAAUAAUAUCACUGAAAGACUAAUAUCAAUAUUUCAGUUCACCAGCACAUACAUGGUGUUUGAAUAAUAAUCUGAUAUCCUAGCAUCAAUAUUCAAAUCAAUAUUGCAGUAAUAUCACUUGAAUAAUAAUGACUGAAAUCAUGAGUAUCAAUAACACCUUGGCAGCCUACUCUCUAAUCAAGCCAUCCACUCUCUGGACCAAUAAAUCAUAUGCAUGUAUAUAGAAAUGAAUAUUUGCCAAAACAUUUGUACUGGCAUUUACUGCAUCAUUCAAAACUCCUUAAUCUGAUCUGUAGAGAAGAACACAGCUAAAUUCAUACAGGUAUAAGAUAAAUAUCUGGAAGAUUCAAAUUAUUCCCGUGGCAUUUGCAGCAGCCCAGGACUAUUCAGUACCUGCUAUUUCAGUAAGUAAUUAUUUGGAUGUGGACUUGUGGGGUGUCCAGAGGAUUGCUGAACGAAGCUCUAUUCAAAUCUAGUACAGUAUACCCCUCCAAAAUUCAGGAUAUCUUUGCUACACUCAAAUAUUACUUCUAUAAUCCUCUAUAAUAACUCUGGCUGGAGACGUCCGGCGAUUCCCCAGUUUGUCGUCAGUCAUAACUCACAGUUGUGAAGGCAACACACUCGCCUCCAGUUAAUUCUCCACCGGUUGAUCAGUUGCACAUACCACUGUCUUUAUAUAUAUUUCAUACAUUCCCAGGGGGUGCAUAUUUACCACCUCGUGCCCUGGACUUUAGCUCAGGGCCCCACCUCACUCAUGGUCCCCUUGUAUUCUCCAGUAAUCCCACAAUUCGUCUGGGUACCUCAUUCGGGACUACCCUCACUAGUUGCCCGAGGCUCAAUUCUCUGGCCCUCAAAUUGCUACAGUGAUUGGGCCGAUCCUCACUCAUCCCCUGGGGCUCUAACUCUUGGCUCCCACUUUAUAUACAUUAUAUGUAAAGUAACUUUGCAAGGACUGGUUCUUCCUAACCACCCUGGGGUAUUCACCGCUACACCUAAUUGCUGCAAGACAUAUCACUCACUCACUCGAUGGGUCAACGUCUGGUCACCUGGGAUACUACCCUGGUCCCUCACUAUUUAUGCAAAUGUUUCUUAGAUGCUAUUGUUCCUUACCUUUGGUACCUAUAGACCGUACCGGUAGUGUCUCUUGCAGCACACACUGAUGGCAAAUCAUAGCACACACUUGACAAUUGGCGAGUCUCUCCACUUCAAACUUCCAUCUGACUUCAUCUUCUCUGAAAUGGCCGGAAGGUGGAAUCUCAUACCAAGGUAACACUUCUUGUACAUCAGUUCGGCACUCUUCCUGGGUGUUUGGUUCUUAGCAAAAGGUGGUCAGAUCCUGGGCCUUUGAUUUUCUGAUACCAGCUGUGACUAUUCUUGAGUCGGUCCUGCCCACAAAACUCUUGACGGCUGAUAUCUGCCCAACAAGGAAUGGGCAACAGUAGACAGACGUGUGCAUGUGCAUCCUUUGAGUCUCGGUGGCAAAGUUUUGACCCGUCUGCUCGCCAACGUCUUGUGUGAUGACAGUCUUGUACGGCACUGAUUGGUCCACAUCGGUUGCACUUUCCACAUCAUGAAUUCCCAAGCACUUGUUUCUCUGAAAUUUCCCACUCUAAUCUGGAGGUACUGUACCUCUGUUCUUGACUCGCCACAGAGUUUCCUCAUUAGCACUAUGCAGUCAUUCAUUUGUACCCUACCUACGUACCUAUUUUCAUCUAUUGAACACACAGGCCUGAACAAUUAUGCACAAAUAUAGAGGGCAAAGGAUGGGAACAACUCUCCUCUGAAGGCAGACUCGGUUAGGCUUACUUGUACUGUAAUCAUGACACUUGACAAUGUAAUGGUGAAUGUUUUAAUAUGGCUUGUUACAAUGAAAGUUGUAAUACAAUUAUAAAAUUAAUAAGCAAGAUGAUCAGUUGUAUUUUGAACAAUGGUAAUCAUUUAGGGGCGAGUAAAAUCAUGUUAACCUUUUUUGCAUUCGUGUUUUGUAGUAUAAUAUACAAUUUUAUAAAUAUGAAACCUAUACUGUACAGUAUAUUACGAUUACUCUCAAUUACAUCAGUUUUCUAGCUUGUUCAUUGCAAAUUAUACAAAUGCUUCAAUAAAAGUAUAUAGUUUACUUAUAAGUUUCAUAUAACACUACUGUAUUUUGAAAUUCUGUUUAUAACAUGUGCAUAUACAUUUUAAUAUUUGUUGAAACAUAGGCACUUCCUGUACAGUGGCAUUUUCCAAAUCUGAACCUCGCUGUAAAUGAUCCCUCUAAACAAUGGACUAAAUUUGGCCACGAUCUCUCCAAAUUUUGGGAUUCCACAGGAGGCUGCUGUGACAUUGUGAUCAUUAGGUAUAGUAACUUCCUGUAGAUCAUUUUCCCCAAUAUUUUACACACUACACUUGAGCUUUUUAUAAUUCAAACAUCAGAGUUGAAGUCUGAAAAAAUUAAUUGGAAUGGGUUCCCAAGAUAAUUCAUAGGUGAACUUGAGCAUAGAGAAAAAGUAGUUGGGUCUGGUUUGAAAAUAAUCAUAUGACUAGUUUUAAUUUUGAGUGAAGUGAAUAUUAACCCAUAUCUACUUAAAACUUUUAGAUUUUGCGAAAUAAUCGUUUAAAAAAAAUUUGAAGUACGGAACAGGCAAUGAACACUUUGUAAAAUUCUAUGGCUGGUUUUCAUUUCGGACUUAGUUCAGUGGAAGUUUUGACUUGCUCUGUGAAGGUGUCAGAAAUUUGUAAAAUGCUUAUCAAACCUUAUCUUUAAUUAUUGGAGAGUGUUUCCAAGAUUUUUUUGUACAAGUUUUGAGCUUAAAGGUUUGGAUGUGAGGAGGAAAGUUGAUGGGUUAUGUUCAUUUACACCUUUUUGGGGUUGUGGCUCUCUUUCAAAAAUAGGUUUAGGGAAAAUACUAGCAAUGAAAGCAAAAUCUUUUUAAUCAGGUUCUCCUUGUAGAUAUUCAUCAUAUGCCAAGUUGAAAUUAAAAUGGCACACUUUGAAAUUAGCCCAUAGAGCAUGGAGAAAAAUAGAAUGAUGGUACGUCUUUAAAAUCACAAAUAGCAAUAUUAAAGAUUUUUGUAGACAUGUUCUACAUUAGGAGAUAAAAUGGUGCCUUGGGAAAAGCCAAUGAGCAUAUUUAAAACCAAAUUGGUUUAGCCUCCUUACCCUACCUAGUUUAUCUGACACUACUAGUACUAGAGCACUGCAGCUCAACCCACAUGAGCACAACUAGGCGAGUACUACUGCUCAUUGAUUCUAGAUAUUUCAAUAUAAAAAUACUCUGAUUUGCUACAAUUUUAACAAGGUAAAAGAAUGGUAGGUCAGGCCUGGCAGGAAGGUAGUUAUAAAAAAAAUUUUGUUCUGGUUGAACUAAGUUAGCCACAGAAUAAGGGUACAUACAGUACAUCACUGUACUGUAGUCUUUAAUAUUAAUUGUUCAUUAAAAUGUGAAAACAAAAACAGGGUUUAAUAUUAUUGUCACAGUAGGACAAAAUUUCACCAAAUAGUGUUCUGUAUUUCAUUGUUAAAAUGAGGUUCCCUUGUACAAGAUGAGUCUCUAACAGGACUUUAUGAAUGUGACUUUCCAAAUCUUUUGAGAGGGAAGGAGGGUGGAGUUACUGCAUGUUGUAUUGCCUUUGCCCUUUCAUACAUUUUUCAUAUUGGUACUUAUUACAUAAUGUUUGAAUUGGCCAGGAUGACAACUUGUAAACGUGUGUCGGUAGCCUACUAGGACGUCUUGCCAGGUCUGUGCUUUCAUGAAAUACCAAGGUUUAGAAAAAGUUGUCAUAUGGAGCUUCAAUUGUAUCUGCUCUAUAAUUAUUAAACAUGAGGUAAGUUAGUGGAAGUGUUACAUACAUUGGGCUGUGUUGCAAAUGAAGACAAUCUAUACAUCAAAUGUCAGACAAGUGAGUGAAUGUUGUACACAGGAUGAGGUAUGUCUUGGGUACAUGUUUAGUUCAUAAAAGCUGUAAAUAUUUCCUGCCAUAAAAAAAGUUUUUCAGAAAUGACAAUUGUGCCUUCAAGUUGUAAAUUUCAUUUGUUUAUACAGUACAGUAAUCUGAUUAAAAAAUUGUGUAAUGCAGGAAGUGUUCCUUGUAUACAAAGUUAGGGUGCAUUUCUAUGCUAAAUGGCAAGUAUUUAGUAGAAAUUAUAGAACUUACACUUGGAUAAAUUUUUUUUAGCCAGACUUUAAUAUAUAAAUCUUCCCUCUUCAGAUUAUAAUUUGUUCCACUAUCAUUAAAUUAUUGUUUUAGGCAUGCUUUCUUGAAAUUGAAAGGUAUUAAAUGUGUGAAGAUUAUGGAAUUUUGUAUCGUAUAGUCUGCAAGUAUACAGUAUUUUAGUGCUCAUUUGCUUACAGAAAAAUUAUUUGACUUGCACUAUACAUAAAUGAUAAAUGAAUAAAAAAUAUUCAUCACCUUUAUAACAUUA